UCACCGGGGCAUCUGAGUGGUUGAUUUGGGAGCAGUAAACUCGGCUAGAAGUAACUGGGAGUUCUGAACUGUGUGCGGGGGAAGACAUUAGAGGCUGCACCGCCCGGUGAUAGUACAGUAGACAGGUCGUGGAGCUCCUGUAUGCGUUAUAUUAGUGAUAGUCAGCAUUGGGGUAGGGAGGGGGCAGUAUAUCUGUAUAAUCAGGCAUUGAAUGGUGAAUUAGAUGCCCCCUUCGUACACAUACUUCAUAGUCCGGCAACCACCAGAGGAAUAAAUGGGGAUGAUGGGGUUAAAGCUUGCUUAUCUCCAUGGUUACCUGUGUAUUAUAAGAGACUUGGGCAGGAGCUAGUAACCAGAGCGUUCUAUUCUCACCCUGUGGUGCCUGCCUGUAUUGCAUUUGCUGCUCUUUGAAUAUUAGUAAUUCUAAUAUAGUUUGAAUUAAGAUGUGAAUUAAUGUUUCUAGUGCAAAAAUAUUCCAAAAUGAUAGAACACAUCUAGUAUUUACGGAUAUGAGUAGAAGGACGUGUGUAACCCCAGAAGGACAGCUGAUGUCACAAUUGAGGGUUUUAUAAAGAAUAAUGAGAUAAAACAUGAUGUGAAUGACAUAACUUUAUGGUGACUUGUCUGGUAGGGGGCGACAGGGAGUAAAUGCUGAAACCGAUUUAAUACAGGAUAGAGUCAGACACAGAUCAGUUUAGACAUGCGGGUGGGAUAUAUACAGAUACGCACCUGAGGUAUGAGAACGCAGCCUCAGACAGUGUCGAGAGACCUCCCAGUAGCGCCGUCCGUUGGACAGAACUUUUCUAGACUUUGAUUUAUUUUUUUCCAUUGCCAUGGGACGGAAGAAGAAGACCCUGCACGACUAUGCGGCGGAAUUUACGGACCUGGCGGUGAGGAGACAUGUCAUAGAACAUGAUGACACGGGAGAGACCUCAGUGGUGGAGACUCUGUAUUGUAAAUCCUGCGAGCUGCCCAUGCGGGUGAGACGGGAUCGGAUUUUGGAGCACUUGGCCUCGGGAAGGCAUUACAGGAAUCGGAGACUGAUCAAGCAGCACUGGAGCCGAGCCCCUAUGCUAGUAACAACAGGUGCAGACCAUGUUGAAGACCUCUCCCUGCCUAUGGACUCCUCUCUUCACCCUCAGCCCUCCUAUAUACUGCAGGCCAACUCUAUCAGUAAUAAUAUCUGCACCAGCAAUCUGGUGCCAUCACCUUCACUCCUUCAUCAUCAUCAGUCCUCUAUUCCGGGUCACCCAAGCAUCAGCUCGACCACCAACAUUAUGACUGGAAGAGAAGAUCCAGCACCAUCUACCUCCUCCUCACUGCCGUCAUCAUUUGGAACAAUCCACUUCCAAAACCCAUCCAUCUCUUCCAGGCACACCAACCAAAGACACGUUAUCUCAGAAGCUUCCAACAGCAUUGUCCUGGGAGGACUGUACAGCAGAAAUGUUUCUCAGGAAAAUAAGAUUGGCCUUGCUGUUAUAGGGGUGAGCCAUAGCAGCCAGGCCUUGCUCCAGAGCAUCUCAGAAGAAAGUGGCUGCCACCUCUACUACAUUGUUGAAAAUCAACGUUUGGCGGUGGAGACGGCUUUUAGUGAAGGACUUGUAGCCAGAACUAGAGUGCUGCAGGAGCAGGAUGUGGACAUUGCCCUUGGUGACCAAAGGGUGUCUGGGGUGGUAAUUUGUUCUCCACCAGAAGUUGCAGCCGCCAUUACCUUGGAGACCUUAAAGGCUGGGAAGGCUGUGCUGUGUGAGAAGCUGCUGAGCACGAGCCGGCAGACUGUGGAAGCAUGCUUCGAUGAGGCUGACAAACAGGGGAGACCUCUGGUGUGUGGCUUCUACAAGCGUUUUGAUCCAGCCUUGAAAUACCUGUUUAAAAAGAUUCACCAGAAAAAUGCUCUGGGCCGAAUCCAAAAAUUGUCUGCAGUCAGCCGCACCUUCCCCUGCUCUUCUAUCAGUAAGGUCAAGACGUCAGGUGGUAUUUUCUAUAGCCCUGCUUUGCAUGAUAUAGACAUUGCCAUCUGGUUACUCGGAGUUAGCCUGCCGAACACUGUGUUUUCCCUUGGACAUGCUUUCUGUUCAGACAUGACGACCUUGAAGGACUUGGACACUGUCAGCAUCAGUAUGAAGUUUUCCAGUGGAGCCAUUGUGAACUUGGACGUCAGUCAGCACUGCACCAAAUCCUGUGAUCAGAGACUAGAGUUGUACGGCUUGCAAGGAUCAUUGCGUCUAGACAAUCAGAACCCACUGUGCAUUAUAGAAAACGGUUCGUCUUUCCCGACUCCCUCUCAGACACACAACGAAAGAUACAGAGAAGCCUACAGAGAGCUCUUCCGCCAUUUUAUACGUACCAUCAAAGGCAUAUCGCAUCCAGUCAUUACCAAAAAGCAGUAUAUCUGUGCACUCCAGGUGGCAGCAGCCGCUGAGCAGUCCUGGCAGAGCGGCUCCGCUGUAGACUUGAGAAAUGAAGCUGUGGACGUAUCCCUUAUCAAGACUGAGGUUAUGUGAGUCUUGAGCCUCAUCCUCAAGGCUCAAUUCCAAUGGAAGGCUUAAAACCCGUUGAAUUUCCCAAAUGUUAUUCCGCUCUUCCCAUGCGAUCUCUUGAAAUGCUAACUUGCACUUGACUUUCUAUGUGGCACAGUUCUGGUUUUCCUGUUUAUCUCAAAUCAUAAUCUUCCAUUUUGAGUUUCUUCAUGAGGGAGAUCGUUCUCCAUGCCAUAAAGACUGAAACAGAAAUUGAUAUAUUAAAGUGGAGAUGCCCACCUUUUGUAAUUUGAAGGCGGGCAUUUUUACAAAAAUGAUUCACGUUCAUCCACAGAAUUCAGAGGUGUGAAGCCUCAUAUGGGAGUAGGGGUCCAUUCUAUGGAAAUGCCGUUACAAUCUGACACCUGAGCGAUCUUGCUUAUCAAAAAUAUUUUGUUCCAAGUGGAAAAAAUUAUAAUAUCUGAAGGAAAUAUUUUCUGCUCUUAUAAAAGGUGCAUUACUUGUGCUUGUGAUCCUGCAUCUCAGGAAUAUAGUAAGAUACAGAUGAAUACCUCUCCCCAGUUCUGCAUUGGGAAAUAUGGGCGUGUAUGUGCUUCCCCUUAAAGGCUAUGUACACCUCUGGAGGCAAUUAUUUUUUUUAUUAUUGCAUUGUACUUAUUUUGAGCU